UUCCGCGUACAUGUUAGCUAUUUAAUACCUGUUCAUAAAACUACAUUCUAUUCCACGUCCUAGAAUAAUUUUAACGACGAUGGCCCAUUAAUUCAGCUGUCCCAAUCUUCAGCCGAAAUAACAAGUAUCUACUACACCAAACCCAAUUCAUGAUCGAGCAUCAAAUUGAUACACUUCCACGCUGAUAACUGCAGAAAAGAAAAAUGUCUCAAUACGAAUCACUAAGCGUUAAAAAAAUCGAUAUUGACUUUCAAAAAGUAAAAUGUACUUUUAGUCAAUUCACAGGCUUCCGAAGACGGAAAAAACAAAUUCUGCACGGCGUGAGUGGUUUAUUCAAAUCUGGAGAGUUAACAGCAGUUAUGGGUCCAUCUGGUUCUGGUAAAACAACACUGCUCAACACCUUGACAGGUUUCCAAAGAAACUUCGAAGGCAAGAUCACCUACCGCACCGAAAGCGAUGAGCUAAGUUGGCAAAGCUUCAAAAAGUAUUCUCGAUACAUCCAACAAGAAGAUGCCCUUCACGAAUUUUUCACUGUCCAGGAAACAAUGUCUUUUGCUGCAGAGCUCAAGAUGGACAGCAAUCUGGAUCGCAGGGCGAAACAGAAAACGAUGAAUGAAAUAUUAAAUUCUUUGGGUCUGAUAAAGACCAAAGAGACAUUUUGCGGUAAUCUGAGUGGAGGGCAACGGAAGAGGUUCAGUAUAGCUCUAGAGCUAAUAAAUAAUCCUCUGGUGAUUUUUUUGGAUGAACCAAUAACCGGAUUGGAUAUAGUAGCAGCAAUGCAAUGCGCAAAAGCUUUAAAAAAUUUAGCAAAGAAGAAGAGAACUAUAGUAUGUACUGUUCACCAGCCUAACAGUGCUGUAUAUGAAUUGUUUGACCAUGUUUAUCUGAUCGCUGAAGGUCGUUCUGUCUAUCAAGGAGAUCCUAAGCAGAUAGUGAACUUUUUUGGCAACAUUGGUCUCAUCUGUCCAGAAUAUCACAAUAUUGCAGACUACGCGAUGGAGGUGAUGUCUAAUGAUUAUGGAAACUUCAACAAAAAACUGGCAGCUGCACAAGACUCUUCUUGGAGGAAAACGGAUGUGGAGAUUAUAGAUGAAGGAGAAGAAGAAGAAAUGAAAACUUUCAGUGUAAAUUCGCCUUCUGAACUGAAAAAGGCUGCGAUUAUUUCCAAACGUUACCUUACAAGGUAUUACAAAGACUGGUUUGGAACGUUACUUAAGUUUAUAAUUUAUACAAUCGCACCCAUAUUUAUAGGACUGACAUAUUUUGACGCUGGUACAGAUGCUUUCAAAGUCAAAAGUAAUGUUGGAAUGAUGGUAUUUGUAGUACUGGUUCUCUUUUAUUGUAGCCUAAUGCCCGCGACUUUAAAAUUUCCCCUUGAACUUGACAUUAUCAGGAAAGAGCACCUAAACGGCUGGUACAAGAUUAGGACCUAUUAUGUCUCUUUUCUCAUAAUUCAUUUACUUGUACAGGCUUCCCUCAUUAUCUAUUUUGUAGGUAUUGUGUAUCUUAUGACUAGUCAGCCACUAGAAUGGUAUAGGUUUUUCAUGUUUGAAAUUAUGAUAGUUCUGAUUUGCUUCAUUGGAGAAGGUAUAGGUCUAAUUUAUGGUACUAUGCUUUCGCCGCUUGCUGGAACUUUUGCAGGAAUCGUAGUUGGUGUAAUAAAUCUUCCCUUUUGUGGUUAUUUAAUAUUAUUUCCUCACAUGAGUCGGUUUAUGUACAAUUUCAGUAAACUCAUGUUCUCAGGGUAUUGUAUGGAAGGAGUACUUCAUGCUAUUUAUGGUUUCAAUCGUGAAAAGCUUGGCUGUCCUGGAGAUCAAGAUAUCUGUUUUUAUCGAUAUCCGAAAGUUCUACUAAUAGGAGUUGGGCUUGAGAAAGAGCAAAUAGUUUUAGACACUGUGGUUUUAACCGGUCAUGCCGUCCUUUAUUUCAUUAUUGCAUAUAUUUGUCUGAAAAUGAAGGUAUCGUCGAUUUAAGUUCCCGGGUUUUAGCUACCUUGUUGAAAAUAAUGUACUAUUGUGUUUAAGAUUCAGAUUUAGCAUUUAGUGUUUUUUAUUUUGUUUUUUAUACAUUUAGGUAUUCAAUUUUUUCUCUAUGAGAAAAAUUGUAAAUGGAACUCCCUGAGGUUUUAUAUUUUUAAAAAUGUGAGAAAAUGCUUGGAAACUUAAAUUUUUAUUUUGAGAUAUAAAGCAAGAUGAAUAUGCGGACGUUCGUAUGAAAAGGGCCUUUAUAGCCGAUUCUAGGUAAGGAGAUUUUCACUUUUUAUAAUGUUAAGGUCAAAAUUAUUGUUUUGGGGUUUGAGUGCGGGCUGAUACCGUAUGAAUCAUUUCCAACUGUCCGCUGAAUCAUUUUCCAACUUACAGAGUAAAAAAAGUGUUGAAAAUGAUACUGAAAUCAAUAUCAUUUUGAUAUGCUACAAAAAUGAUACCGAAUUCAAGAGCAUUUUGAUCGGCCGAAGAGAAUGAUCGACUUUUGAGAACAUAAUGAUCUGAUUCGGGAUCAUGUAUGAACUCAAGCCAAUAUGGCUGACGAUCUUACAAUACUUUAGCUCAUAUUCAAGCUUUUUAUGUUUCUGAUCGUGCAGUGUAAUUGAAAAGUUUAAAACAUAAUGAAAUCUGAUAUUAGAAACUAUCACCUGUCAAGUGCAGUUGUCACUUACGUGCAGUUAGAUACAAUUUUUAGGUUAUGUCGUUACGACACCGGCGCCAAUCAUUGUCGGCCAUUUUGUUUAGUCUGACAAAUAAACCAAAAAAUGAGAUCAAACUGAUCCAAAUGGAAAAUCAUUAUGAUCUCGAGAGUCAAAUGAUCGCUGGAGCAAAAUGCUCUGCAACAAAAUUGUUCCUUUUUUUUUACUGUGUAUGGGGUUCGUUUUAGGCUCAAAAUUCAAGUAAUUAUACGGCUAUAUGUGUCUAUACGUAAUUCCACAUCGGACAUUAAAGCGAUUUACAUGCGGACGCCCACAUAUAUUGUAUCGCUCUGGAAAACGAAGCCACCUCCGCGGAUAUAUGCGAGAGAAUUGGAGAAAUUUGCAAGAACACAAACUAUUUUUAGAGAAAUUUUAAAGCUAUAUGUUUUUACUUCUAAAAAUUUAUUCGCAUAUCCACCUUCGUCAAUGUCUUCAACUUGAGAUUAGAAAUAGAAAAUAUUUGCGGAUAUAUAAUUUGUAUGAAACUGUAGGCAAUAAUAUGACGACAAAUUAUUGUAUACACUAUUUUUUAUCAUGUAUAUAGGUAUACCUGCAAGGGUAUACCUGAGAGAUUAAGUAAAUAAAAAUCAUAAUAAUAAUUUAAAAAAUAAUAAAUAUUAUAUCAUACCAAUGAUGAUUUGAAUCAUCCUUGCGGGCUUUAAUUGUUAUACGUAUUAAUGUAGAAGUGGGGAUAUAAACUGGUUUUUGU